CAAUGGAGGGGAGCGUGGAACCGGUGAUGCGUUGGGCAAUUUUCACCACCCUCUGCAAUGCCUUCCGGUCGGAGACAGAGCAGUUGCCAUACCAUACUGUAAUGCAGUUGGUAAGGAUGCUCUCGAUGGUGCAGCGGUAGAAGUUCACCAGGAUCUGAGGAGACAGAUGGACCUUCUUCAGUCUCCUCAGGAAGAAGAGACGCUGAUGAGCCUUCUUGAUCAGAGUAGAGGUAUUGUGGGUCCAAGAGAGGUCAUCGGAGAUGUUGACUCCCAGGAACCUGAGGCUAGAAACACGUUCCACCUCCGUCCCGUUAAUGUGGAUGUGGGUGUGCGUGCCGCCUCGUGUUUCAACUUGGUUAUAUUUAUAUUUAUGCAUUUUAUAUGUUAUAAAUUCCACAUCUCAAUUUUCACCCAGGUUCAAGCACUGAUGAUGGAAGACUCGUCCUUCAACUCCACCCAUCAGCCAGUGAGUGCCAAUCAUUCCACAGUGGACCCUGGCUGUAAACCUGAGGAUACUGGUGUUUUCAUUCCCAUUUUCCUAAGUUUGGUCUUUUCAACGGGAUUCAUACUGAACUGUGUCAGCCUGUGGAUCUUUUGGUUUUGCAUCAAGAAGUGGAGUGCCGGGAUGAUCCUACAGUUCAAUUUGGCUUUAGCCGACGCCGUUAUAACUCCUGUCGCACCGCUCAUGGUCGCCUACUUCUCAAUGGCGCACUGGCCCUUUGGACAGUUUCUCUGCCAGCUGAAGGUCUUCCUAUUGAGCACCAACAUGUACGGGAGCAUCUACUUCUUGGCCCUUAUUAGCAUCCACCGCUACAUCGCUGUUGUGCAUUGCACCAAGAAAACUAUCUUUAAGGAAGUGAGGUUUGUGAAACUGGUCUGCAUCGGCGUGUGGGUCGUUCUCUUUGUCCAAGGAUUCCCAUUCUUUUUUGUGCUCAAGACCACCGAGACGAACAACUCCAUCCAAUGCCUGAGCAUUCAUCAGGACGAGCUGUUGGUGUUGUACUUUGUGUGGAACACAGCCAUUGUAUUCACCGGUUACAUCAUCCCAUUUGUUGCCGCCGUCGUUUGCUACACCUUACUCGCCCGUUUCAUCGUCAAACUGAAUACUAAUCAACUUAAGAGCCAGCACAUGAAGGUCAAGUCCAUGCAAAUGAUAGUGGUGUCCCUGGCAAUUUUUAUAGUCUGCUUCCUCCCUGUACACGUGUCUCGCACGGUCAUGAUCACAAUCAGGCUCUUUUAUCCUGAUCGGUGCCAGGAGGUGAACAAAGUGGAACUGGUUUAUUACAGGUGCUUAGCGUUGUCGAGCAUAAAUUGCUGCCUCGACCCUUUAUUGUAUUUUUUUGCAUCGAAAAAAUUUCGUUCGUAUACGGGCAAAGUGGUGAGUUUCCGAAGAUGAAGUGAGAGGGUUUUUUUUUUUCUCCACUUCAUUGCUUUUGAAAAAGUAAUUGCCCUGAAAAAUUAACUCAUUCCCUUAUACAACGUGUUGGAUCUGCAGAGUCCUUCCAACAGUUUCUGCUUUCAAUCCAGAUAUCAACAUCUGCAACACUUCAUCGCUUGUACUGCUAUCUGUGAUUAAAGUUUAGCAUUAUUGAAAGUUA